UCUCUCUCCAGGGUCUGGAAUGAUGCUGUUGCCGAAUCCUCAGUCGUUUCUCCCCCUUUGCGAUGGAGUGGGACUGAGUCAGGGCCCAAUUGCCUUUGAGGACGUGGCUGUGGAUUUCUCCCUGGAGGAGUGGGUUCUCCUGAAUCCGGACCAGAAAGCCUUGCACAAGCAGGUCAUGGAGGAGAUGAAUGGGAUUGUGGCCUCUCUCGUAGAUAACGGGGAGAAGAGCCAUGUAUGCACCAAGUACAGGAAGCAUUUGGGACACAACUGGGCCUUUCGUCGAGACCAGCAAGCCCACAGAGAAGAUGGAGGUUCUGCCAGAGAAAGGCCCGACAAAUGCAAUGUAUGUGGGCAGUGUUUUACCCAAAAUAUGGCACUUGUGCUUCACAAGACACUUGAUGUUGGGAAAAGCCAUCUUAAAGGGAAAGUAUCUGCAAAAUGUGUGGUGAAACACAAGAAAUUUCACAUGGGUCAGGAACCAUACAGAUGCCAGGAGUGUGGGAAGUGUUUUGUUUCCAGUUCAGCCUUGGUGAGGCUCAAAAGAAUCCACACAGGAGAGAAGCCACACCAAUGCCAGGAGUGUGGGAAAUGUUUUACUGCCAGUUCAGACUUGGUGAAACACAAAAGACUCCACACAGGAGAGAAGCCAUACCAGUGCCAGGAGUGUGGGAAAUGUUUUGCUUGCAGUUCAACCUUGGUGGGCCACAAAAGACUCCACACAGGAGAAAAGCCAUACCAAUGCCAGGAGUGUGGGAAAUGUUUUACUGACAGUUCAGCCUUGUUGAUCCACAAAAGAGUCCACACCAGGGAGAAGCCAUACAAAUGUGAGGAGUGUGGGAAAUGUUCUGUUUCCCAUUCAGACUUGUUGAAGCACAAAAGACUCCAUACAGGAGAGAAGCCAUACAAAUGCCAGGAGUGUGGGAAAUGUUUUGCUUACAGUUCACACUUGGUGAAACACAAAAGAGUCCACACGAGGGAGAAGCCAUACGAAUGCCAGGAGUGUGGGAAAUGUUUUGCUUUCAGUUCAGCCUUGGUGAGGCACAAAAGACUCCACACAGGAGAAAAGCCAUACCAAUGCCAGGAGUGUGGGAAAUGUUUUACUGACAGUUCAGCCUUGUUGAUCCACAAAAGAGUCCACACCAGGGAGAAGCCAUACAAAUGUGAGGAGUGUGGGAAAUGUUCUGUUUCCCAUUCAGACUUGGUGAAACACAAAAGACUCCACACAGGAGAGAAGCCAUACAAAUGCCAGGAGUGUGGGAAAUGUUUUGCUGACAGUUCAAACUUGAUGAGCCACAAAAGACUCCACACAGGAGAGAAGCCACACCAAUGCCAGGAGUGUGGGAAAUGUUUUGCUUACAGUUCACACUUGGUGAAACACAAAAGAGUCCACACGAGGGAGAAGCCAUACGAAUGCCAGGAGUGUGGGAAAUGUUUUGCUUUCAGUUCAGCCUUGGUGAGGCACAAAAGACUCCACACAGGAGAGAAGCCACACCAAUGUCAGGAGUGUGGGAAAUGUUUUGCUUUCAGUUCAGCCUUGGUGAGGCACAAAAGACUCCACACAGGAGAGAAGCCAUACAAAUGCCAGGAGUGUGGGAAAUGUUUUGCUUCCAUUUCAGACUUGGUGAGGCACAAAAGAAGCCACACAUGUGAGAAACCAUAAAAAUGCCCUGAAUGUGGAAAAUGUUUUACUCGGACUUCAUCCCUUAACCAGCACCAGAGAACACAUACAGGCUAAAAAACAGCCAUUGUGGGAAAAUGUCUGAUUUCAAAAGGACCCUUUGAGAAGUUCUGCGUCAGAUUUGGUGGAGUCCCCGUUCUUGUCAUUUGAAUCCCUAAGUUGGAGGUCUGUUCUCUGGAGCAGCAGAAAGCAAGCUCUGUGUGACAAUCCCUCAGAGCAGUGGUUCUCAACCUGUGGUUCCCCAGAUGUUUUGGCCUUCAAUUUCCAUAAAGCCUAACAGCUGGUAAACUGGCUGGGAUUUCUGGGAGUUGUAGGCCAAAACACCCGGGGACCCACAGCUUGAGGACCACUGCUUCAGAGGGUUAAAUAUGAUUGUCAUGUCACCUCAUCUGAAAAGAAAUAAACCAUAUGUAAUUCCAUCACUUGUUCCUUUGGGCUUAGUUUCCAGCUCCAUUUUCACCUUGGUUGCAAAUGUCCAGUUUGUGAACGUUGUUCCCCUACAGAAACAUCCUCCGUUUUCCUCUUUAGUCGGGAGUGGUUAGUUUGCAUAUUGUAAAUAGCCGUUAUGGGAGGGAUCCAGAGUGGGCCCCUUCCCUUUAAGACAGUGGUUCCCAACCAGUGGUCCACGAACUACCAGUGGUUCACAAGAACUAAAAUACGGUCUGCCGUCUAACCUUCCCUUCCCUUCCCUUCCUUUGCCUUCUUUUCUCUUGCUCUUCCUUUUUCUCUUCCCUUCCUUCCCUUUACCCUCUUUUCCCUUGCCCUUCCUUUUUCUCUUCUCUUUCCUUCUUUUGCCUUUUCUCAAGUCCUUCAUUCCUUUUUUCUCUGCCCUUCCCAUCUUGCCCUUUGCCUUCUUUUCUCUUCCUCUUCCCUCCUUUUUCUCUUGCCCUUCCUUCCUUUUUCUCUUCUCUCUUCUUCCCUUCCUUUGCCUUCUUUUCUCUUGCCCUUCCUUCCUUUUUCUAUUCUCUUCCCUUCCUUUGCCUUCUUUUCUCUUGCCUUCUUUCCUUGCGUUUUCUUUCUCUUCGCUUGCCUUCCCUUCCUUUGCCCAUCAUAUGUUAUGGACUGGAGUAGAGUCCAAUAUAUGUCUCAUUUGAUGCCUUAUGAACUUGAAUGCUUACUGUAACUGUUUUUCUUAAUCUGUUUAUCCUAUUAUGGUUAUAUUAUUGAUCUUCUCUGAUUGGUGUUUAUGUGACUUUAAUAUGUUGUAAGCCGCUUUGGGUCCAGUGAGGGAGAAAAGCAGAAUAUAAAUAAAGAUUAAUCAUCAUCAUCA